GCAUUGUGGGAAGGAGGCGGCAGCGUCCCGGGCGGGCUGGAGGUGCAGCAGCGGCGGCGGCGGCGGUAAAUCCUCCCGGCCGCACACAGCACUGUGGAGCCGCGGCCCCAGCCCAGCCUCGGCCCGCGCGCCCCUCCUGCCCCUCGCGGCUUCGCGCGCCAGCCCCUCCUCCGCGCGCGGCCUUGCGGAGCCGGCCGGCCGGCCCGGCUCCCCUCCCCGGCCCCGCGGGGCGGCCGCGCUGCCCUGACGAGGCGGGGAGGGGAGGGCUGGACCGGCCGGCGGCCGGACGACCAUGCCGAACUUCUGCGCUGCCCCCAACUGCACACGGAAGAGCACGCAGUCUGACCUGGCCUUCUUCAGGUUCCCGCGGGACCCGGCCAGAUGCCAGAAGUGGGUUGAGAAUUGUAGGAGAGCAGACUUAGAAGAUAAAACACCAGAUCAACUAAAUAAACAUUAUCGACUAUGUGCCAAACACUUUGAGACCUCUAUGAUCUGUAGAACUAGUCCUUAUCGAACAGUCCUUCGAGAUAAUGCAAUACCAACAAUAUUUGAUCUUACCAGUCAUUUGAACAAUCCACAUAGCAGACACAGAAAACGAAUAAAAGAAUUGAGUGAAGAUGAAAUCAGGACUCUGAAACAGAAAAAAAUUGAGGAAACUUCUGAACAAGAACAGGAAACUAACAGCAAUGCUCAGAAUCCCAGUGCAGAAACAGUGAACCAGCAGGAUGGAAAUGUGUUGCCUUUAACCCUUGAAGAGAAGGAGAACAAAGAAUAUCUCAAAUCGUUAUUUGAGAUUCUGAUUCUCAUGGGAAAGCAGAACAUUCCCUUGGAUGGGCACGAGGCUGAUGAGAUCCCAGAGGGUCUUUUUGCUCCAGAUAACUUCCAGGCUCUCCUGGAGUGCCGCAUCAAUUCUGGAGAGGAGGUCCUAAGGAAGCGCUUUGAGACCACGGCGGUCAACACGUUAUUCUGCUCUAAAACUCAGCAGAGGCAGAUGCUGGAGAUCUGUGAGAGCUGCAUUCGGGAGGAAACUCUCAGGGAAGUGAGGGACUCCCACUUCUUUUCCAUUAUCACAGACGAUGUGGUCGACAUAGCAGGGGAAGAGCACCUGCCUGUGCUGGUGAGGUUUGUCGAUGACGCACAUAACCUAAGAGAGGAGUUUGUAGGAUUUCUGCCGUAUGAAGCUGAUGCAGAGAUUUUGGCUGUGAAAUUUCACACUACAAUAACUGAGAAAUGGGGAUUGAAUAUGGAGUAUUGUCGUGGUCAGGCUUACAUUGUGUCCAGUGGAUUUUCUUCCAAAAUGAAAGUUGUUGCUUCAAGACUUUUAGAAAAAUAUCCCCAAGCUGUCUAUACCCUCUGUUCUUCCUGUGCCUUAAAUGCAUGGUUGGCAAAAUCUGUCCCUGUGAUCGGGGUGUCCGUGGCUUUAGGAACCAUUGAGGAAGUCUGUUCUUUUUUCCAUCGAUCACCACAGCUGCUUUUAGAACUUGACAGUGUAAUUUCUGUUCUUUUUCAGAAUAGUGAAGAACGGGCUAAAGAACUGAAGGAAAUUUGUCAUUCCCAGUGGACAGGCAGGCAUGAUGCCUUUGAAAUCUUAGUGGAUCUCCUACAAGCACUUGUCUUAUGUUUAGAUGGUAUAAUAAAUAGUGACACAAAUGUUCGGUGGAAUAACUUUAUAGCUGGGCGAGCAUUUGUCCUCUGUAGUGCAGUGACAGACUUUGAUUUCAUUGUUACCAUUGUUGUUCUUAAAAAUGUGUUAUCUUUUACGAGAGCCUUUGGGAAGAAUCUCCAAGGACAAACCUCUGAUGUCUUCUUUGCAGCCAGCAGCUUGACUGCAGUACUGCAUUCACUUAAUGAGGUGAUGGAAAAUAUUGAAGUUUAUCAUGAGUUUUGGUUUGAGGAAGCCACAAAUUUAGCAACCAAACUUGACAUUCAAAUGAAACUCCCAGGGAAGUUCCGGAGAGCCCAGCAAGGUAACCUGGAAUCUCAGCUAACCUCUGAGAGUUACUAUAAAGACACUCUCAGUGUUCCAACAGUAGAGCACAUUAUUCAGGAACUUAAAGAUAUUUUCUCUGAACAGCACCUCAAAGCUCUGAAAUGCCUAUCUCUGGUACCCUCAGUGAUGGGGCAGCUCAAAUUUAACACAUCAGAAGAGCACCAUGCUGACAUGUACAGAAGUGACCUGCCCAACCCUGACACGCUCUCUGCCGAGCUUCACUGUUGGAGAAUCAAGUGGAAACACAGAGGGAAAGAUAUCGAGCUCCCGUCCACCAUUUAUGAAGCCCUCCACCUUCCUGACAUCAAGUUUUUCCCUAAUGUAUAUGCUUUGCUGAAGGUCCUAUGUAUUCUCCCUGUGAUGAAAGUUGAGAAUGAGCGCUAUGAAAAUGGACGGAAGCGUCUCAAAGCAUACCUGCGGAACACUCUGACAGACCAAAGGUCAAGCAAUUUGGCUUUGCUUAACAUAAAUUUUGAUAUAAAACAUGAUUUAGAUUUAAUGGUGGAUACAUACAUCAAACUCUAUACAAAUAAAUCAGAGCUUCCUACAAAUAAUUCAGAAACCAUUGAAAAUACCUAAAAGAUUUAAAAAUGGCUGUUGUCUUAUUUUGCUGUUUGGAAGAAAAGCUGUAAGGUAUAGUAGGCCAGUUAAUGACUUGCUGAUAGACCUCCAGUUUAACAUACCAUUAGCUAUUGGUGAUCCACGUGUUUAAAUGGCCCGUUUGAACUCUCAUGCUUUCAAUACCUGUCUGUUCUUCCAGAAGUUGGCAUUAGGAGUGCCAAAAUGCCUCUCUGCUGGUGGCACUCUGAAAAUGUUUUACUUAAAAGUCAUUUUAGGGGCUGGAGAGAUGGCUCAGUGGUUAAGAGCGCUGACUGCCUUUCCAGAGGUUCUGAGUUCAAUUCCC